AUGUCGGACUUCUUCAAACCCGCUCCUGAACCACCCACCGAAUUGGGCCGGUACAGGGUUCUCUCCAGCACCGCGGGAGUCCGAGUGUCUCCGCUAUGUCUCGGUGCCAUGUCCAUCGGUGACGCGUGGAAGUUUAUGGGCAACAUGAGCAAGGAGCAGUCGUUUAAGCUGUUGGAUGCCUUUUAUGAAGCUGGAGGCAACUUCAUCGACACGGCGAACAACUAUCAGGAUGAGCAAUCCGAAAAGUGGAUUGGAGAAUGGGUGACCCAGAGAAAGAACCGAGACAUGCUGGUCAUCGCUACCAAGUACACCACGGCUUACCGCAAUUACGACCUCGGUGCUGGAAAAUCCGUCAACUAUUCCGGCAACCACAAGAAGAGUCUGUAUCUUUCGGUGCACGAAUCACUCAAGAAGCUUCAAACCGAGUACAUCGACAUCUUGUAUGUCCACUGGUGGGACUGGACAACAUCCAUUGAAGAAGUCAUGGACAGCCUACACAUCCUGGUCGAGCAAGGCAAGGUUCUGUACCUGGGCAUCUCGGACUCCCCGGCGUGGGUGGUGUCGGCGGCAAACACGUACGCCCGGGCGCACGGCAAGACGCCCUUCAGCGUGUACCAGGGCCGGUGGAACGUGAUGGUCCGCGACUUUGAGCGCGACAUCAUCCCGAUGGCGCGGCACUUUGGCAUGGCGCUGGCGCCGUGGGACGUCAUCGGCGGCGGCAAGUUCCAGUCCAAGAAGCAGAUGGAGGCGCGCAAGCAGCAGGGCGAAGGGCUGCGCAACAUGUUCAGCGACACCCAGACGGCCCAGGAGGAGAAGAUCAGCGCCGCCCUCGAAAAGGUCGCCGCCGAGCACGGCCUCGAGAGCCUGUCGACCGUCGCCCUCGCCUACGUCAUGCAGAAGACGUCCCUCAACGUCGUCCCCAUCGUCGGCGGCCGCAAGGUCGAGCACCUCCAGGACAACAUCAAAGCCCUCAGCCUCAGGCUGACCGACGACCAGAUCAAGUACCUCGAGUCCCAGAGCGAGUUGGACGUCGGCUUCCCGUCCAACUUUAUCGGCGAGUCUCCAAAGGCCACCGGGAAGAGUUCCGCCCUGGUCGCCAUGUCGGCCCAGGUUGCCUAUCCUAUCCCUGAAAGGCCGUUUGUCAAGGAGUAA